CAUAAUGGGUCUGAGAGUUUGAUGAGAGUUUGUCAAACUGCCCGGCUUUGCUUUCUCAAGAGGGUCACCAUCGCAGCAGGUUAGUGCGUCUCCAGACCUUCCCUCGGAGCAUCCUGUGCCCCUACAAGACCCCUUCAAAGGACACCCUUUCCCAACGCCUCUAAAACACCUCUCCCACCCAGAAACUCUAGACCAUUCUCUUUCCAAUGUCUGGUUCCAAACUUGGCCUUUAGUUAGUUAAACACUGGUACUGAAAGCCCUGGGAUAGGAGGCCAGAGAUGGCUUUGAAGCUCGUUCCUGCCCCAGUGCACCCGCCUCCCAGCCUACGAAACUACUGUUUGUUUUCCGGGUGUCAUGGGAUACUGUUCGGCCUUGCCGUCGGUCGCGCUGGCCCUGAGUGGAGCUAGGGAAGCGCGUCUCCUCCGAAUUCUGUCCACAGGUGCUGCAAGCCCUAAGCGGCCCCGCCUGCGCCAUGGGCUCAGAGGUCUGGGUCGGCACUUGGCGGCCACAUCGGCCCCGCGGCCCCAUCGCGGCGCUCCACAGAGGCCCAGGGCCCAAAUACAAGCUGCCACCGAACACCGGUUACAUCCUGCACGACCCAUCUCGGCCGCGCGCCCCCGCCUUCACCUUCGGCUCGCGCCUGCCCUUGCAGCACACAACCUGCGGGCCGGGGCCGAGCCACCUGGUGCCCGCUCGCAUGACCGUGCGCGGAACCGAUGGCACCCCAGCCUUCUCCAUCUAUGGUCGUCUACGCCACACAGCACCCGUCCUCACUCCGGGACCGGGUCAGCACCCUGGGGCACGGGUCUCCCCAACGUGGAACUGCCUCUAAGAAAGCCCACUGGGAAACUACCCACCCAAACCCAGAAUCCCGGGAACCUUCUACCCAUAUCCAGAAACCCGAACCUUAAUGUGGCUCCAAUUUCUCUCAAGUGCCAAAUCCCCAGGCUAGGCUCCCCACACCCCACCCCCACCCAGCCCCAGUUCUGGCCCACACUCUUGGUCCAUCCCAUAGGCAGAUACUUCCCAGAACGCGCGGGAAACGCAACGUACCCCAGUGCUCCCCGGCAUACCAUCGCUUCCCGAAACUGGGGCAUCCUCUCGAAGCAGCAAACCCCAGGCCCUGCGUCCUACACUGUGCCUUCGCUCUUGGGUCCUCGUGUCAUAGGCAAAGUCUCAGCCCCAACCUACUCCAUCUAUGGGCGCAGCGCUGUGGGCAGCUGCUUCGAGGACCUCAGCAAGACCCCAGGCCCCUGUGCCUACCACGUUGUGAACCCGGGGGUCUACAAGACUCGAGCCCCGCAGUUCACCAUGCUAGCACGGACUUCGCUACCCCAAGAAAGCACUCAGAAGCCAGGACCCGCAACCUACAGCGUGGACCAGCACCGGAAGCCUCGUGGCUGGAGCUUCGGGAUCAGGCACUCAGACUAUCUGGCCCCCAUGAUACCGUACCGCGUGGAAGACUGACUCUAGCAGGCGCGCAUCGGCCCUCGGUUGUUUUCUUAAAGCUUUUCAAGCCGG